AUGGCGGCAGAAGCAUCCUCUGUGGUGACAUCGAAAGCUCCAGCAACUCCGUGUUUUCGUGCAUCGUAUCCGAAGGAAAUGUUUUCAGCACUUUGUAUUUUUAGAAUCCAGAGGUAACGUGCAUGAUAAUGUUUCACGUUAUGUGGCGAAAGUCUUUGUAAAGGUCAUCAUUCUUAAACGUCCAAGGUCGUUCGCGGUCCCUUCGCUUCCCUCCCUCUCCCGUCGAGAGACGGAGGAAAGCGAAGGGACCGCGAACGACCUCGGACGUCUGAGAAUCAGGCUACAUCUACUGCAGCAGUAGAUGUAGCCUGAUUCUCUCUUGGGUAUAUUAUACCCAACUUUCGUCGAAACCCUAGAUAUGAGGAUUUCUCAUGUCACGCUUUCUCUUUUUCCCUGUGAUGUUCCCAAUGUUGAGAUUCGCGUUUUUACAAAUGGGUCAAUACUUGGAUCAAUAUGAUAUCGGGGGGAUUGUAAUGUGUGAAAUUUCAACACAUGUGACGAAUAUAUAUGAUAAUAAUUAUUAUUUUGUUGUAACUUUCAUUUCCUACAAUCAUGUUGUUAAUAGUGCUCGCAUUUGUGACUAUCAAAACCGAAACACUUUACUCAGAGGUCGAGUCACAGGAAGCUGCAUAUACAUGUAACAGAAUCCUUUGUCAGCUCGCAAAUAGUCGUGGGACAGUCCGAUUUCCUGGCCGAUGCAUGUUAAUAGGCACUAUUAAAAAUUUCACUUGUUUGAGCGGUCAUUUAAUUCAAUGUUUUCAAGAUUUGUUCGACUUUAUUUGCACAAGUUUAUCGGCUUUAAACUCUUAAUUUGCCCUUACUGAAAUAACGUGCAAACACAAGCAAUCAUGGAGUGGAUUUUUUUUUUCAGAUAUAGCAGACUGUGAGCUUUUCUGCAUCAACGAUCCCUUAUCAGACAAAAAAUCUAAGCUAAAGAUAUCCUACAUGAUAUCUAGGAUACAAGUAGAACAAGUAGAACAUCCUGUAUGUAAGCAAAAGAUUUCAAAAGAAACCUGAACACUUUUGCUCUCUGCAUUUUUAAAUUACAAAUGAAAUAUUUUUUGCCAACGACUUGUUCUACAUACAUGUAAAAAAUACAGAGAAUCAAUUAAAGAAGCCCGUGUGUCAUUCGCUCUCUUCUCAUUCAAGUGGAUAGUAUUGUGUUACCUAAUAAUAAUACUAAUAAUAGUUUAUUGAUAUCCCUCUCGCAGCCUAAAGGCUGAAGACAAUACAAUACAAAAACAAUCAAAUAGAUAAUUAUGUAAAUAUGAUUGAAAGCACUACAUAACAUAGAAAAAAUAACAAGCACAAGAUUACAACUGGUCUUGAAACUUAACGGUGCAGAAAUCUGCGAAUCGCUUUGUCUUGGGGACAAGGCGCACCGGAACACAUUCGCCUGAAUGGAGGCAGUAUGGCCUGUCAAUUGACACACAAGGAAUUAAUGGCUUGAGUACUAGAGACAACAGGCAGUCACGCUUGAUAAAAUUAAUGCAAGCUUCCUCCCUUCUCAGGGAAAGGGCAGUGAUGCCACAUUGAAUUAGGGCAUCGUCAUAGUGACAGUUCAGCAAAACGAUGCAUAGGGCCCUUUUUUCUACAGAUUCUAUAACAUCAUCUAAAUACUUUGGCAGGGCUGCCCAAACAGGGCAGGCAUAUUCAAGUACAGAUCUUACAAUGCUACAGCCACUUUUUUUAAGCGCGCGCAAUGCGUACAAACGCUUGUUGUCACUCAGGUUUGCUUUAUGCAAAUUUGGUAAGAUGUACUGUUAUCUGAGAAUUGCAACUAGAAAUAGAAUCGUGCAUGGAAGAAUUUUCUUACUGCAUUGAAGUUGCUGUCAAAAGAAAACAGGCAAAAUUCAAAGCUGCCAUGUUGUUGUGCAACUUCAAAUAAUACCGGUAAGUGAAGCGGAUGUCAGGCACAACACAGUAAAGAUAAACAAAUGGCAACUUUCCUUUAAAUUCGUGUUUUGCUUCAGUAGAAUGUAGUACAAAGUGCUGUUUAUCAAAAUUUAACUGCUUUCUCGUUUUGUUAAUACAUUAGAACAGUUUUUAUCAUAACCUAAAUUAGACCAGAUUAAUUGUCCAUUCCUUCAGAAUGAUAACAUGACACCAUGGUUCUUCAUGAGCCAUUCACAAUUGAUUGGAAAUCCAUUCACCCAUUUAUGUCAACCCGUUCAAACGGGUGAGUAAGCCAUUCAACUGUUUAUGCUAGCCAUUGGGAAUACUUCAUAACUUGUUCAGCCGUUUGAAGAACCCAUUCGAAUGGGUGAGCCAUUUGCAACCCGUUCAGAAGCCAUGCGUUUUAUCUGCUUAAUGGAAAGCCAUUAGUGUACAUUUUCCCUUGGAAGAUCACAUUUUGUAACUUUGAAAGUUAUCUUCAUAUUAAUCAAAUUUGUAAUCAAAUGCAGUGUUAUUUUUGCUUUCUCUCAUUUAUAAUUUUUUUCUGUUGAUUUGCAAAGGGAUAUUACAAACAUGUACAAGGAACCCCCACCAGGGCUUCAUAUUGCUGCUGAUGAAGAUGACAUUACAAAGGUUUGUUAUCAAAUAAAAAUAAGUGAAGGGGAUAAAUGAAAGAGAAGAUGGCGAUAAGGGUUUGGGGGGAUUAUUUGAGGGAGGCGAUAAAUCAAGUGAUGGCUAUCAUUCAAGGAAAUAUGGUAAUGAUAAUUCCUACACUGUCCUUGACUGUUAUUCAUACUGUAGUCAUUUUAAGUACCUUCCAAACAAAUGUUAGUGAGGAUCAGCACACCUCCUGCUCCUUUGCUGGCUUUAAGGCAAGUCUCUCUUUUCAUUUUUUUUUCUCACCUAGACUUUUUUUAGUGAGCUUUACAUGACAAAUCGUAAUAAGAACCUCGUGAUUUAUUCUUUUGUCUUUUAGGUUCAUGCACUAGUUGUUGGACCACGUGGCACACCAUAUGAGGGUGGAUUCUUUUACUUUCUGAUCUUUUUUACCCCUGAUUACCCAAUAAAACCUCCAAAGGUCAAACUAAUGACUACUGGUGGGGGUAGGGUCAGGUUCAACCCCAAUCUUUAUGCAAAUGGCACGGUUUGCCUUAGCAUUUUAGGGUAAGUAGCCAACAGACCAUUUGUGUAAAAAGGUACACGUAAAAAUGUAAAUUAACCACAGGGCCAAUAUUUUUUGUGGGUAAGAGGGUGAGAAUCAAAUUCAAAACUUCACACAAAGAAGGUCACAUACAUGUACAAGUACUAGACUCAAUUACCAGCCACUGCAUUCAGAAAAUAAACCAAUGCUUCUCUGCCACACAGAUGGCUGGAUGCAUACGUUUUCUAUUGUUGAUUUUUGCUUGUCAGAUUAUUGCCUGUUCGAAUUGAGCCGGCAGCAUAGAUCCCUAGAAUAGAUUUCAAUCAGCAGAUGGAAAUUAUAAGGCUUUCUUUGAUGUGGUGGUGCGAUUAAGUUUUGGAACCUUUCUAAGCUAAAAAACCUGAAAAUUGACGUGAAACAAAAAAGGUUAGUAAAAUUAAUGCUGGGGAUGUCUUUUUAAUUCAACCAAUCCUAUCUGGAUGGUCAAUAAUUAUUAUUUUCCAGUUUGUACCGAUGGUUGUUGACAGCCAUUGUGAAAGAGACAAUAUUCAAGUCCAUUUUUGUUGUAAUUUCACCCUUAAUUUCACUAAAUUGCAAAAUCAACAGAAAUACCUUAAAUCAGUAGGCCUGGCUGCUGAGUUUAUUGAAAAAGAUUAAAGUGACAAAGGGGAAAAAUGAAUAUCUGUGGAGGUCUAGGAUUUAAGUCCCUUACCUAUUGCCUUUUAGAUUUGUUUCACAGGUGUUGAGAGUUCAACACACUGUCCAUGCUUGGACAUAAUGUGAAUAGCCAACUGGUUUAAUUUACCUCUACCACUUAUAGUUUUAAUUGUGCUUAUUAUUUUUUACUUAGUAUGAGUGAGGUCUUCAUACCCUUCAACCAGCUGCAAAAUUUUCCAUCAGACACUGUGAUGUACAUAAUGGGCCGAAAAUAGUGUUAACAUGUUUCAGACUUUUCUUGGUAUGGGCACCUGAAGAAUGUACGUGUACUAUUUUUUUGUUCCUUUAACAGAACUUGGCAUGGCCCAGCCUGGAGUCCUGCUCAGACUCUGUCAAGUCUUCUAAUUUCAAUCCAGUCUCUUAUGAAUGAGAAUCCAUAUCACAAUGAACCUGGAUAUGAAAAAAGGGUUAGUACAUGUAUGUAAUAAAAUUAUCAUUUUGAUCAAGACUCAGGGCUGUCACUACAAUUUCAAGUUACUGGGUGUAAGGAAAUUAGACUUUAGGCAGAGAAUAAAAGAACAAUAUGUAGGAACUUCUUUUGCUUUUAUCUUCCUUUUACACUGUUUCUUAUGAAGUACUGCAGGGCUUCUGAUAUUUCGCGCGGUCGCGGAGCCGCGAAAUUCAGGUAAAUCCGCGAAAUACACAAAAACACGCAAAAUACCACUAAAUUCGGUAGAAAUCGUAUCAAAUACAUGUCAUGUACAUGUCUGUACAGCAAUUUUGAAACUUGUCUCAGCUACUGGCGGUAUUUACUUGCCGUAAACUCGCAAAUUUAUGUCAAAACUUCGUCACUGAAACGUGAAAACAAUGUCCCGAAACUACCAGGCGUAGAUUAUGUUGCGAAAAACUGGGCACCAGCCAUGAUGUUAAAGUCUUUGCCGUUGGUUCAUUUCUAGAGCAUAUUGUUGUUGAAAGAGCAAAUGAUGUCCUAUGUUAGAAAACAUUAAAAACGCUGGUCUGAUCAGCGCAAAACCGAUCGAUAUGUUGCGAAAUUUGCCCUGAAAAUAACCACAAAAUCCACCGUUUUUUUACCGAUUGCUUUCCGGCCAAGUUUGUCCUGAAAAUUCCCGCGAAAUUCCCGCGAAAUCGGCCGAUUUUUGCGCGAUUUUGUCACCAAACAUCCCGCGAAAUUUGACUUUUUUUUCCGCGAAUUAUCAGAAGCCCUGGUACUGGUAGUUCGGGGUGGGGUCAUGCUCAUAGUAGCCAGAGAAAAUACCUACCCCCUGGCUCUAAGUGACAGCCCUGAAGUCUACACAGGGCUUAAGGGAGAGUUAGCCAGAUAGCCUGAACUGGCAAAUAUAAAAUUGACCACCUGGGACAGUAAAGGACCCUUUACAUGACAGCAAAUUUAAAAGACGGCUCUCAAAGUGUAUCACCGUUGUACCAUUGUAUAUAACACAGGCAACCCGAACACUGUAUUAGCUAAUAGAAUGAUAAGAUGUAUUUACCUGUAUUCCUCUGUCUUUAUGGGUCGUUUUGAAAGGGAUUUGAAUCUGAUUAGAGACGGCCAACAUUGCUGUUAUCAAAUGGUUGUUUCUCUGGCAUUUUGUAAAUAGGACGCGACAGUUACAUCUCAAGUUUCCAAUAUAUUAGAUUGAAACCAGAGAUCGUCUCCCAAGGAGAGUUAAUAAUUAACAUGAGACAGAACUGUCACGUCUGAUGUGCCAGACAAACAAACAUUUUAUACCAGCAAUGUUAACCGUCUCUGGUCGGAUUCAAAUCCCUUCCACAACGACUCAUAAAGACACAGAAAUACAUCUUUUUUAUUAGCUAAUACGGCUUAAAUGCAUCUAAUCAUUAUUUUUAUUAGCUUUUACAGCAUUCGGGUUCCCUGUGUUUAUAUUAUGGCUGUUAUUAGAUCUGUAUUACAUGUUAUAGUCUGAGUGUAUAAUUAUGUGUCUUUGUAUCUCAGUUGUGGCUUGUGUGGCUUUGUGUCUCUGUAUGUGUGUUGCAGGAUGAUGGACCAAUUGACUACAAUGUAUAUGAAAAGGUUAAAGGUACUAUGAGUUGACAGCUGGUGAUACUAGGAACCAAUCAUAAAUCAGAUGUUGGCGUCUAUGACUCAAUAGGUUUUAGACAAUAACUGUUUCUUCUUUUAUUAGGAAACAAGCAAAGGUGACUCCAGCAAAUAUAAUGAGGUAAUUCAGCAUGAAACUCUCCGAGUUGGAGUCUGCGAUAUGUUAGAAGGUGCACAAAAAUGUCCUCCAGUCCUCAGGUGUGUUGGAAUGUUGAUAUAUGUACUGUAA